UUGCCUUAGUAACGGCUUAGCUUCUUCGCGCAGGGACUGUGAGCCCCGCGGCUGCCAAGAUGGAGCCCCGGAAGGUGGAGUCCGAGCUCCAGCGGUUUUACCACCGGUUGCUGCAGCCACUGUCGCUCUUCCCCCGCAGGGCGACGCCCGCAGAGACGCAAAAGGUCCGGACGCUGCAGGCCCUGCCGCCCACACAGCUGUCGGUGGCGUCGCUGUGCAGCGAGGUAGCCGAGCGGCUGGCCCGCAGCGGGUUGACGGCGCGGGUGUCUCCCGAGAGCCGGCUCCGCCUCACCCAGGUCAUCCUGGACGAGCUGAAGUGCAGCUGGCAGGAGCCUCCCGCCGAACCUGGUCUGAGCCGCCAGAACAACCAGAAGCUGCGGGAGCGGCUUCAGGCCCACGUGCUGCUAAGCAGCGAGCAGCUCUUCUUACGCUAUCUGCACCUGCUGGUGACCCUGUCGGCCCCCACGGGCGUCUUUACCGAGCCAGCCACCCUCACCCGCCUGGCCGCCAGCCUCGCCAGGGACUGCACGCUCUUUCUCACCAGCCCCGACGUCUACCGUUGCCUGCUCGCCGACUUUCAGGCCCUGCUGAGGGUAGAUCGAGCCCGCGGCGGCGUGAAGGAGCUGAGCCGCCUCAGCCCCAGGGAGGCUUUGAAGCUCUGCCCGAUCCCGUGGCCUCACAGCACUGGCUUCGCCCAUGUGCCCUGCUCCAGCCUCAACCUGAACUACCUCGUCCACCUCAGCCGCCCUUCAGAGUUUCUCGGCGAACCCGGAGUGGACCCUCUGAAGGAAUUGAAGGCCAUCCCCCAGUUGAAGAGAAAGACUCUCUGGCCGCCCUCCACGCCAAAAAAGAAAGACAGGGGUUUAAUUUCCUCACAGAUUGAGCCACAACCCAGCUACAUAGUGACUCCCUCCGGCCAGGCUGCUCCCUCCGCCCAGUCGCCCAUCUACCCCCAGCUCCGGAGAGGCCGGUCUAUGCCCUCUCUGCGUGAGGGCUGGAAGCUGGCAGAUGAGUUGGGCCUUCUCCCACUACCCCCUCGCACCUUAACGCCACUGGUCCUGGUUGCAGAGAGCAAGCCAGAGCUGGCAGGGGACACUGUAGCUGAGGAUCUGAAACAGAUGCUGAAGAAGCUCAAAUUGGAGUGGCCUCGCCACCUACCGCUGGACUCAGACCUGCCCCCGCUCCUGGGAGCCCUGACCCGCCGACCGGCCGCAGGGCACCGCCUGAGGAAGCUGCAGAGGAUGUUGAAGGCCUUGGAGGAGGAAGAAGCCUGCAGCCAGCAAGACCGCCAACCCCCCAAAGCCCCUCCACUCCACCCACAGCCUGUGACCGUGACUCUGAAACUAAGAAAUCAGCUAGUGGUUGAGGCAGCUGCCGUGCGAAUCUCUGACAGAAAUUUUGUGGACUCCUUCCACGUCGAGGGGGUUGGACUCCUGUACAACCACUUGGCCGGCGAACUGGACCCCAGACUUGUUGAAGAGAUGGAUCAUGACCACUUUGUUGGCAGUAGCACCCGAGAGGUCUACAAGGAGUUGAUGAGCCGUGUCUCUACUAACCACCUCCAUUUUGACCAGGGGCCCCUGGUUGAGCCUGCAGCAGAUAAAGACUGGUCAGCCUUCCUGUCCUCAGCCUUUCUCCGUCAAGAAAAACACCAUCGCAUCAUCAACCCUGAGCUGGCGAAUCUUUACAGCCGGGGAGCCAACAGGCUACUCUCCAACGCUGACAAGGUGUCCUCCCUCACAUCAUUCCACGCAUACAAAAGUUGGGACCGGCGGUCCACCAAGCCCUCAUGGAUGCACUGGUGGAAAACCAACCUGUCCAAGGAGGACUACUUCAGGUACCUCACCACCCAGGAGACGGAUUUCCUCCACGUCAUCUUCCAUAUGUAUGAGGAGGAGGGUCUCAUGGAGUUGGUGGUCCCUGUCAAGGAGUCCCUGGAGCUUCAGCACCCUCCCCCCUUACUAGAAGAGGAAGAGCCCUGGGACUUUGUGCCGGGCGAGUGGGAUUGCAACAUAGUGCUGCAACACGGCCUGGGAACUGCGAGGCUUGACCUCCUGGGCGGCGACUGCCACAAAAUCCAGAGCCUGCAGAAGCAACUGGAGCGGCUGUGGUUCUUGCUUGAGGUCCCCCACGAGGACCGGCUGGACAUGGCCAUCAAGUACAGCUCCAACGCCCGUCUGAUGCAGCUGCCUGCACUCAUGAGUGCCUGGGAGCGGGCCCUGCAGCCCAUUCAGCUGCGGGAGAUACUGCUGUCAAAACUAGAGUGGUUUGAGCGGCAAGCCUCCAACCCCAAUCGCUUCUUCCAGAAGUCUGACGUGGGUCUGAGUUGCCUGCUGGAGGAGAAUCAUAUCCGCAGCCAUCUGCAGAGGAAGCUCAGGCAAGUGGAGGCCUCCUUGGUUCCCCUCCUAGAGGAGAUCGAGUUAGUCUUUGAUGAGCCAGUGACCUUCAGGGGGCGGCGCUACCUGGACAAGAUGAAGCGCGACAAAGUGGAGAUGCUCUACUGGUUGCAGCAGCGCCGGCGGGUCCGCCACCUGGUCCGGACCCAGAGGGCCUCCCACCCCCAGGCAGCCCAGGCCAGGAGGCUCAGCAGCCAGCAUUUAGUAGCUCCCGGGAACACUCCCAUUACCCCUUGACCCGUCCAAGCGCCCUCACAUCCCUCCCCGAGCCCCAGACGCCCAGCCACUCAUCUGGACCUCUUGACUGCUUUGGAAGAAAAAAUAUGGGUCUCUACACCUGAGGGUGCAGGCUGCAGAAACAUGUGCUUCCAGACUUGGUAUAGACACUGAAGUUCGUGUAAAAGAAUCCCUCGGCCCAGUGUUCCCAUUUAUAUCGAGCCAUGCACAAUACAGCCAAAAUCUUACGUAUCGAAAGAACUGAGAUGGGUCAUCCCCUGGAGUUUCUUGUGAUGGAACGUGUCAGAUGGGACAAUGAAGCUUAGCAUUCCUAUCACAUGUCAUUGAAUUGGCUGAUUAGAGCCCCACAUCGAGAGGCUAAGAGAAAAGGCCCUGAAGUGAGCAGAUGUAGGCUUAAAUCCUGGCUGUGACUUUGGGCAAGUUACCUAACUUCUCUGCACCUGGGCCAUCAUGUGUCAAAUGAAGAGGUUGGAUCCAGGUUGUUACUUCUUCCAGUUCCAGGACUUCCAGUUCUCACAUGCUGUUGGUAGAGCUAAAUUUUUUUUUCAUUAAAACUUUAGCAGUUAAUACAAGCACAUGGUACAAAAUACACAAGGGACUGUACUGAAAAGUGAGUCUCCUUUCCAUCCCUGCCUCCAGUGCCUCAGUUGCCCUCCCUAGGGAUCACAGCUCUUACCAGGCUUUUUUUAUGUAUCUUUCCAUUCAUUUCCUUAUUCAGCAAGUACUUACUGAACAUCUACUAGGUGUUAGAUGCUUGGUGUAUAUCAGUGAACAAACAAAGAUCCCUACCCUUUGUAGGGUUUACAUAAGCGUAGUACCUAAGCAUAUUGAGAAAGAGAAUGUUAGAAGGUGGUAAGGAUUGUGGGGAGUCAAGGGGUGCGGGCUGUAGUUUUAAAUACUGCUCAGGAUAGGCCUCACUGGGAAGGUGAGAUCUGAGCAAAGGCUUGAAGAAGGUGAACAAGUAAGCCUUGUGGAAAUCAGAGAACAGCUUUCCAGAGGGAACAGCCAGUACAAAACCCUAAGUCAGGAGUGUGCCUGGGGUGAUCCAGGAACAGCAAAGUAGCCAGUGUGGGUGCAGGGAAGUGAGGGGGAGAAUUGAGUCAGAGGGGUCAUGGCAAGGUGCCAAGGGGCAGGUUAGAUUAUGCAAGACCUCAGGUCAUUGCGUGACCUAUUCCAGACAUAGUCUCUGCUAUGUGAGCAUAUAUUUAUAACUACACCAAUGGGAACACACCGUACCCCCUGUGUGGCACCUUGCUUUUUUGGCCUUAUAUGUCUCCGGCUUAUUCAAUAUCAAUAUGUGCUUUAUUCUUUUUGACAGCUAUGUAGUAUUCUACUGUGUGUAUUUAUAUUUUAUUUAACCAGUCCCUUAUUAUUGAACAUUUAUAAACAAAACCAAUGCUCUAAAAAAUAUCCUUAGUCAUUCACUUAGCAGAUGCAACUAUAUAGUUUAGAAUCCCUGGAAAUGGAACAGUUACGUAUAAGCAUUUGUAAUUUUGAUAGACAUUACCAGUUGCUCUCCACAAAGGUUGUAACAAUUUACACUCUGAUCAACAUUGCAUAGUGUAUUAUCAAAUUGAUCUCUGCCAACCUGGUCAACCUGGUAGGUGAACAGUGGUAUCACAUUAGGGUUGUGAUUCUCAUUUCUCUUACUCAUUAAGAGGCAUCUUUCGUGUAUUUAAAAGCUAUUUGUGUUUCCUCUUCUGUAAACUGUCCCUGCCUUUUUCCCACUUUUCGAUUGGUUUUGACUUUUAUUUUCUUGAUU